AUGUCAACUAUAACGGCUAAUCAAAGGCAACGAUCUAGUUAUACUCCUGAGACAUCAACGCAGGAGCGGGCCAAUGCUCUUUUUAUAGAUUUUAGACAUCUAGAUCUACCUUGUUUUUCUGGUAAGCCAGAUACUAUGGCAGCUGAGUUAUGGAAGUCAAAAAUAGAGAAACUUUUUCAAGUUAUGGGUUGUACUUCCAAGCAAUUUGUUACCUUAGUGACUUAUCAAUUGCAAGGAGAGGUAGAACAAUGGUGGAAGUCAAUUGUUCAUUUAGUAGAUCCAAAAUUUGUGUGGACGUGGGAAGCAUUUAAAGACCAGUUUAAUCGUAAGUUUUUCCCCAUAGCUGUUCGUCGUCAGAAAGCAAAUGAAUUUGAGUCUUUAGUUCAAGGUGAGAUGUCUAUUGCUGAUUAUGAGGCUCGUUUUAUAGAAUUAUCUCAUUUUACUCCACAUUUAGUAGCCAAUGAUGAUUUGAAGGUGAGGAAAUUUGAGGAUGGUUUAUGUCCUAGUUUACGAUCUCGAAUCAGAGGGUUUGAGUUGUCGACUCUUAAGGGAGUAGUAGUGAAGGCACAGAUUUUUGAGUCUGAUUGGAACCAACAACAAAGUAUGCAUCCAUCUACUUCUAAUCAGCAAAGGAAGAGGAGAUUUAUUUCAGAGAGUGGUAUUAAUUUUCAGCCAUUUUCAUCCCCAAAGAGGCCUACAGUUAGAUAUGAUAAUGCAGCCAGACCUGAUGUCAGAUCCCCAGUAUUACCGUUUGUUCCUCAACAAUAG